AUGCCGCCGGGGAUGAUGCUCGAAAUGGACGAUGUGGACGACGACAAUUCGGUUUCUAUGACCUGGGAAAUUGACGCUGCCACUGGAACGAUGCGUCACAAAAAGACGGGCACGAAAGUAUCGACUGAUGCCGGCAUCACGUAUGAAGGUCAAGAAUAUCGCCUGUCGCCGGAGGACAUCGAGCUGGAGGCGGACUCGCAUCUCGGAGCUGGGGCCUGCGGUGUCGUCAUGAAGGGUGUCAUCAAGCAGACGGGAGUUCCUGUCGCCGUGAAAACGGUAAAAGUUGACGACAAGGGGAAGCGCGAGCAGCUUCUCAACGAGAUCCGAGGUCUUAUCGCAGCGGACGGCUGCAUUAAUCUCGUCCACUGGUACGCAGGCUUCAUGUCCAAGCGUACCAGCGUCGUGCACGUCGCAUUGGAGUUCAUGGACUUGGGUAGUCUUGCAGACCUCAAGAAGCGUCUUGGUGGGAGCGGGGUGCCCCCGUUCUACCUGUCCAAUAUCACUUACCAGAUCAUGAAUGGCCUCGACUACUUGCACAAGAAGAAGAUGUUGCACCGAGACAUCAAGCCGGAGAACAUCCUUCACAACAGAAGCGGCUUCGUCAAACUCACCGAUUUCGGCAUUGCCAAGGAUCUUGACAAGACCUUGGCCAUGGCAGGAACCUUCGUUGGCACGGUGACCUACAUGUCGCCAGAACGCUGUUUAGGCCAGGACUAUUCCUUCGCUUCGGACAUCUGGAGUGUAGGAAUGGUGAUCUACGAGCUCAGCACGGGAAGAUAUCCGUUUGCGGACAUCGGAUCCUUCCCCGUCCUUUUCGACCACUUGUGCGAGAAGCCUGAGCCGAGGCUGACGCCAGACUUUCCUCCAGAGCUUGUCGAGUUCAACGCGCUGUGCCUUACGCGCGAUGUGGCAAGACGCGCCGACACCGAGUACUUGCUGGCACAUCCAUUCGUGACUCAGAAUGUCCCUGAUGUGGACCAGUUGGCUGCGUGGCUGGCAACCUUCUGCUGA